UACAGCAAAAGGGCAGGGACGUCGAGUGGCACGAGUGUCGGUGGAGAAAAUGCGUAUCUGGCGAAGAAUCGCGCGACCCGAGGCUCGAAAUCACUGAGGAGAGUCGUGGGAGCGCCCGAGGAUUCGGUCCGUUGUGAAAUUGGACGGAAAACCUGCUCGAGAACGAGACGGUCGCCGUUCGAAAGAGCGUUCGCGCGGCCCAAGUGGCAACAAAAGGGCCGCCAGAGGUAGAUCCUGUGUCUCGAGCGACUAGCGAGGUUUUAAAUCAACAAUGGCGGUCAGGUAACCAAAAUAAAAGAGAUAGGCAGUUUUGAAAUUGCGAGUCCUUUUCCUGGACUAAAAAUGUGAAAGAGAGGCGAGCGGAAUGAAGCCUCAAAAGAAGGCAGUUGUUGCCAAAAAGGCAACAAAGUCUCCAACCAUUGCUAAGAAACGUCGUGUCUCUCCUGAGAGGACUGUGUUAGAUUUGGGAUUGAAGAAAAAUUCUAAGAAACAACUGAAUCCUGUCAAUUCGAAGAAGAAAACCAGUGGUGAUAAAAAGAAAUUAGAGAAGUCUGAAGACAAGAAGAAACUAGAGAAAUUGGAAGAUAAAAAAAAAUUGGAGAAAUUGGAUGACAAGAAGAAAUUAGGGAAACCAGAGGAUAGGAAAAAGUCAGAGAAGUCGGAAGAUAAAAAAAAGUUGGAUGAAAAGAAGUUGGAUAAACCAGAGAUGAUCGAUGAAAAGGUAAAGCAAAACAAUGACAGUGAUAAGAAGUCUGACAAGAUAGAUGAAAAGAGAACGGACAAAUUUGACGAUGCCGAAGAAGAAGGCAAUGUUAUUACUGGUGACUCCUUGGAACGAAAGAAAAUAAUAAAGCCAGAUGAGAAAGGCAAGGUGGACAAGCAAGUGGACAUUAAGAAAAAGGGAAUAGAUAAAAUGGACGAGAAAAAAAGGUGUGGAAAAUUAGAGGCUGACAUACUAGAAAUUGUAAAAUCUUGUGAAAUAGUCGAGGAUAGAGUUUCUCAUGACGAGUCUCUGAAUGUUGCUUCUAAAAAGAAGAACAAAGAAGAGAAGAAAAAAGACACAAAGCAAGGUAAACCAGAGACAAAGGAUAGUUUAAAGUGUACUUUAAUCAAGGAGAAAAAUCGUAAGAAGUUAGCAGAUAAGGAAGGUGGAAGGAAAACAUCGCCCAUAGGGGCAAAGAAGGAAUCAAAGGCAAAGGAACUGCAUAAGAAGAACGUUGUUAAAAAGACUGUUCUGGCCAAGAAAUUGGUGUCCCAUUUGCCUGUGUCGAAAAAAUUAAUCGACAAGAAGGUCAAACUAGUCAAGAUGCCGAAGAACGAAGGAGCACCGACCAAGGAAGACGACGACUCUAAGAAAGCGAAGAAGAAGAACUCCCAGAUGCCCAAAACCAAGAUCGCCCAAGAAAAAAGACCGAAGCUAGCUAAGCAGAUGAAAGCCAAAAUGCCCUCGAAACAUAUGAAACUAAGUUCUUCCCUGAAGAAGCAAGAUAAAUUAAAGGCUUUGACGGAGAAGAUCAUCAUGAAGAAGAAGGCCGAACCCAAGGACACGGAUAAGGCCAUUAACGAGAUCAAGAAGAGCCCUAACUCUAGUAAAGAAGAAGUAGCGAACGGUGCUAUUGUGAAUAUCAUCAAGAAAGAAGCUAUCGAGAUGCAGGAAGACGAAAAACCCAAGGAUGACGUUCCCCAGGAGGCUCAACAGGAUCUCAAAAAGAGCGCGAAACCUGCGGUAAAACCAAAAACCACCAAGAAGGCUGCAAAGAAGGCGACCAAGUUGCACCAAGGGAACGAUCAGAAGUCCAGCAGCACGGAGGACAGUAUGGCCAGUCUGGAGGAGCUUUCCGAAGAGUCAAAGAUCAUCGAAGCUGCAACCUUAAAGAAUGUUGCAGCCGCGAAACAGGACCAUGGAGAGGGUCCGAUGAAGGUGGACCUGAAAGUGGAAACAGUGAACGGUGAUACCAGUGGCAGUUCAUUGCCCUCGUCCGAGUCGGAGGACGAGGAGGACUCGAAGAGGAGCAAGAGGAAGAUCUCGAAGAAGAAGGAGAGAGUCAGGUCGCCAUCGGAGGACCAAGCUCGAAGGAUGAGACUCCUGGAGUUUUGGAGCGGCUCGAAGAGGCACAGAGUGGCCUCGCUGAAUGCCCUGGCGAAGGUGCACUGCCUCUACGAGAACGAGGCCGGUGGCGUGUAUCUUGGCGGGUUCUGCAAGCCCAAGCCGGAGAAGGAGAGGCAGAAGAAGGUCAAAGACGAGAAGGAGGACAGCCGCAAGGCGAAGGACAAGAAGCCCGACGACCGUGCCGAGGAGAACGUCUCGAAGAGGAAGUUGAGGAACGUUCCCGGCCUCCGGGGCAAGCAUUGGGAUAUGAUGGAGAGCUCGUCCACGUCGUCGUCCUCCUCGGACGAGGAGUGCGAGAAGGAGAAGAACGCGGAACGCGGGGAGAAGACGAAGCGGAAGGUCGUCAAGAGGCGGAAGAAGAACGAGGAGGUGAUGGACUUGAAGGACAUGGUGGUCUGCAAGAGGAUGGCCAGCCUGAACGCCUCGGCCAUCCUGGCGGCGUCCUACUCCGACGAGAAGAACCGCUGCGGAUCCUCCUCCACCAGCGAGUCCUCCAGCGACUCGGAGGUCGAGCUCGCGAAGAAGCGCAAGCAGAGCGACACCGAGGUCGACAGGCGAAAGUCCCGCCAAGGCUCGGAUAACGAAGACGUCGUCAAGCCCUCGAAGAAGGUCGUCAUCGUCAACCAGGACACCGACGUCACCAUCACGGGAGUCUACGUAAACCAGACUCGAUCGACCCAUCACGAGGGAUUCUGCAGCAUCGCCGGAAUGCAAUAUAGGAUCAGCUCGACCAGUCACACGCAAACUGCGGCCACCGCCGUGGCCACGGAACUUCACGACCAGCAGAAGCAGGAACAGCCUUGCAAGUCGUACACACCCCUCGGCGCCCUGUCCUCCAUGCAGCCACCCGGAAGCCAAGGAAAUCACCCCGCGAUGUCACCCAGGAGACAGUCAGCCUUCUCGGCGCCUCAUCAACACGGAUACUAUCAGCCGGCUGGACCACUGAUACAGCAUCCUCCUACGCUACCUCCGGUGAAGGGGCCCCCUCCGGAACCGACCCCGACUCCUCCCCAGAACUCCGAGGGGUCCGACGACCUAGUCGCAACCUCCACCACCUCCGGGGGCACCAGCAGUACCGCUAUGCUUUCAGGUGGCGGGGGUUUCUACAGAGCGUAUUGCCCUCAGUAUUAUGGUACGCCACCCCAGUACCAAGAGCUGUGCUACCCGCCGACCUACUCUCACCCCCAUCAACACCCUCCGCCUUACUACAAAUACGCGCCGACCUACAGAAGGCAGUAUUAUGGAUACCAGGAGUCCGGCGGAGGCGGGGGUCCUGGGGGCGCCGGUACCGGCGGCGGUCCUGGAGUCGUCGACUAUCAGCCACCUCCGCCACCUGCGGAAUAUCCGCCGCCUCCUUAUUACGGGGGCUAUCCGCCUCCACCACCGCCUCCACCGCCCCCGCCCAAUCCGGCGUACCUGCACGCCCAAGGAAGACCGUUCGUAGACCACGCAGCUUUCCAGGGCUGUCCGUGCCCGAUGCAGUCGUGUCCAAAAAACGUGGAUACUGGGCCCCUUAUUGGUAAUGGUAAGGGAGCGCCAGUGGUAUCGGGGCCCGGUCUGUCAUUGCCACCCAGCGCUUUGGUAGGGCCGCCCUCGCCAGCGAGGGGGCUAGCCGGGCUAGCGCCUCCUCAUGGUGCCAACGCCUGGGACACGGAUCGCGUCCAACUCAACACCCACCGCAAUCUCAAUCAGAACCAACCUCAGAUGCCGGCGGUGCAUAAUCUCGUCGGCUGUCCCCAGAAUCCGGAGUGCAGGACCAAGAACGAGAAGAACUGUCAGGAGGACAAACUGCGGGAGUGCGGCUGCCAGAAGCAUGCGAGUACGUCGAGCUGCGGCGUCAAACUGGAGAGUAUGCCGCCCACGGAUAAGCUGACGGUGGCGAGCUGUCCGGGGAACAAGCUCCACAACUUCAAGCUGGAGAACAACAACGUGAAGUGCGAGUCGUGCAGGGUGGAGGUCGGGGAGAACCUGCCGUGCGCCGGGGCGAACUGCGACGUAAAGUGCGAGUCGGGUUACAAGUGCGAGAUCCUGAAGUGCGAGCAGUGCAUGAAGGAGGGCCAGAUGGCGAUCCUGGAGAUCGACAAGGACUCCGGGAUCCUGAUGAUCGACGACAAGCUGGAGGCCGACGCGGGGGUGAAGGAGGAGCUGAAAGACGGGGCCAUAGAGAGCGAGAACUGGAAGAAGCCCGACUACGAGCCGACCGUGCAAGAGACCGUAGAGGAGAAGGAGAUCACGGAGGACCCGGUCAGGCCGUUGGAGGAGGCCCCGAAGUGCCAGAAGGUGGCCAAGAGGAAGCUCUCCCUGGACAGCCUCUCGGACAACAAGAAGAAGCGGAAGGUCAACAAGAGGACCUUGUCGGUGGGGUCGGCGAGAGAGAUGGUCGGCCCGAACGACACGAUCCCCAGGUCGGUCACGUUGACGGUGGCCUCGCCAGACCCCGUGGAAGUCGAGAGCGAGGCUCCCUCGUCGAAGAAGAAGCCCACGAAGAAGGACCUGCAGGGCCAGAAGCGCAAAGCGGAGGGUGGGAGCCCUUGCGAGGCGCCCACGAAGAAGCCGAAACACCCUAAGCAGAGCUCGACGGGGCUGUCCGCGAGCUCCACUAAGACCGUCGCCACCGGGAACUCCAUAAUGGACACGAUCAACCGGGUGAUCCAAAGGGGUCUGCAGCACUCGCAGAAGAGGGACAAGAAGUCGAGGAACGGCGAGCGCCCGGAGAAGAAGAAGAGCAAGAAGAAGCAGCCGGUCAAUUUGCUGUCGACAAUCAAGAAGGUCACCAAGAAGAUCGACCUGGUGAAAGAGGUCAUGGCGGAGAAGCUGGGCCCGGCCAAGGGCGAGGCAAGGGUCAACCAGGCGAAGGGGAAGGCGGACACCAAGGCCAGGACUAAGACGCAGGACGCCAAGUCGAAGGCGAAGGUCAAGACGAAACUCCUGGAGGUUAAGUCGAAGCUGAAGGAGGUGCAGCUCAAGGUGCAGGACCCGAAAUCUAAGGAGACCUCGAAGCGGGCCGAGGCUCCGGCGAAGGGGAGGGCCGAGACCGAGGAGGCGAAGAAGCUGGCGGCGAUGAAGAAGAAGAGGAAGAGUACAAAAAAGGUCGUCGGGAAGAAGGCGAACGGCAAGGCGGAGGACAGCGCGGCGGCCAGCGAGAGCUUGACGCUGGUCAGGAAACCGUUCCUCAAGCCGAAAUGGAGCAACGGAUGGAGCUGGGAGGGCGACUCUUACGAGGCCAAAGUUUACCUGACCAACGAGGAGUCGGCCAUUCGUCGGUGUUACUCGAGCAUGAAGCACGUAAGCGGCGACGUGCUGCGGCCUCUCGACUGCGUGUUGCUGAAGAGUGGCCCCCGCAAGGCGGAUCUGCCCUUCGUGGCGAAGAUCGCCGCCCUAUGGGAGAACCCGGACGACGGAGAGAUGAUGUUCUCGCUGCUGUGGUACUACCGGCCGGAGCACACCGAGCAAGGACGCACCGAGUUCGACACGGAGGACGAGGUGUUCGCGUCCCGCCACCGCGACGCUAACAGCGUGGCCUGCAUAGAGGAUAAGUGUUACAUCCUGACGUUCAACGAGUACUGCCGAUAUCGAAAGAACCUGCGGAGGACGGAGGAAGGCCUGGAGAGUCCCGGAUUGAUAGUCCCGCCGGGAGAGCAGGUCUAUCCCCGGGAGAACCGGCAGCCGCCGAUACCGGUGCCUUCGGACAUGGUACUCUUUUGCAGGCGCGUUUACGACUAUCGCGGCAAGAAGCUCGUCAAGAACCCCGGAUGACUCGACCUCGCCUAAAGGAGCCUCGACUAGGAACCACGAUGGGAUUGCACCAAAACCCUUGCGAAAGAGGCCGCGAGUCAAAACUGCGCGCAGGUUCCCCUUCAGACAGGGCGCGCGCGACUAGCCGUAAUAACUACGGCGGCGCGAGACGAACGGAUUCUAUAUCGAGGUUUAAAAUAAGCACGUUGCUUCCUAAGACUUUAAACUCGAGGUCGAGGGCUAGGUCGGGAGCGAUCACCGGCGACCGAGGAGACCCGGAACUCGCGUCCAGGACGCGCUUAUACAAAGAUGCCGAGGCACGAUUGGGACGUUGAUUUUUAAAUUUUUUACACUAAAGGCAAUCCCUUCCACGGCGCGACCGAGGGGGUCGUAGUGGGUACCUCGACGUUGUCGAGGACUAGGUGGACCCGGACGCGCCGCAUCCCGGUCGACGAUGCGAGUUCCAGUGCCGUGAGACGCGCCAGAGGCGUUCCUUAGCGAGUUAGAGGGUUCGACGAUUUUAUAGAGAGAGAGUAACGAUAUUUUUUGCGAGGAUAGCGUUUACAAGUUAAAGGGAAUAUUUUUCAACUAGGAGCCGCGACCCCCCGGGGGUCGUCGUUCGUUGUCUGACUUUGCCCUGCUGGAGGGAACCUUCGGGCAGUUUUCGAGUGGAGGAUCACAAGGGCAAGGAGGGACGAACACUUUAGCCGAAGUAGCGUUGCGUGAGGGCCAACAACCGUGUGACGUGUUUAAGAUUACAGAGGGACGUGUUGGAUCCGGAAAUAAGCGUCGCCAGGCACUUCCGUUUUCAGGAGGUCCGAGGGAUGCUCCGCGACUCGAGAUGACUCGCGACAAACCGGCGAUAACUCGGGAUAACUCGCGCUUUCCCCCGGGACGGAGAGAAUGCAUUUCGACUCUGCACGCCGAGGAAGGGAGAGAUACGUCUUUGUUUUUAUUUUUUUUUUCUUCUUCAGUUUCCGUCUUCACCGACUAAUUGUCCCGUGUCCCACCCGUCGAGAGCUUCCCCUCGAGCGAGACUCGAACAGAAGUCGUCCGCACAUUCGGCCCGAUAACGCGUCGCGAUUAUACAUGAACGUACAUAUUUCACAUUUCUUUACUACACUUUACAUUAUUCGCGAGAGAUAGGAGGGACGGCGCAGUUGUACAGUUUCACUUCCUCGUAGGAUUCUUAAAUAACGUAACGACGAGAAGACUCCGACGUCUUAUCUCGAGUGUGGCGUACCAUCGCGACGGAAUGGUACGAUGAUAAGGGAGGGAAAGAGAAAGAGAGACGAGGCCAGAAGGACGCGACUUUAAUACUUCUACAAAAUGGCCGCGUCCUCCUGGCCGAGGACCCUCGUGAUGCACUUUUACGUAUUUAUCCUCCGUGUCGAGGAAGACGCGUGCAUGGACCGACACUUCGAGUAAUCAUCGGGAAGUACCGGACGUUAUGUCUAAUUCGGAUUCUACACCCAGGGAGCGUCGAUGUUAAUUCUGAUUAUUUACAACUGUUAGCGGCGGGCGGUUUUGUUAGAAAUUAUAUUAUUUAAAAUUAAUAUAUUGAUGAUUUAUUAUUAUUUAAUAUCUAAUAUAUUGGACGUAGAUCCUAGGUUAUAUCUGUAAGGGCGAACGAGAGUGUGAGAGAUCGAGAGUGAGUCCACCGAAAGAGAGAAGAGAGAGAGAGAGAGAGAACGGUGAGUGAAUGCGACAGAGAAAGGAAUAGCUGCGGACAAAAAAAAAAAGAAACGAGACAAAAGAGUAAUCGCGAAUUCGUUCGGAAGGAGAAUCCCCCCCGAUACCAAAACAUUCUAUCGUUUUCAAAAUCUUUUUAUUGCGCUUUAAUAUAUAUAUACAAUAUAUAUAUAUAUAUUUUAUAAUUAAUUUAUUAACUUAUCAGUAAUACUUAAUUAAAUACAUUCGAUAAGAGGUCGCGUUAGUAUUAUCGUAGGUCAGGUGGCACGUCGCCUUGUCGAGCGUCCAUGCUCUGACGCGAGCCUCCUGGAAAGAAUAGUUGCUUUUCUUUUUUCUUUUUCCCCCCGUACCGGACGCAUCCCCCGAUAUAGUCGUAUCUUAUGGUUCGAGAUACACAAUCGUGCUGUAUGAAAAAUGUUCUCUGGAAAUUGCGCGGGACGCUUCGGCGGUUUCUUUUCCUAAUCCCGAGAGAGGGACACACCGAGAUCAGGCGCGACGCCCGCCAAGCCAUCUAUCGCUCGGAUGAUCUUUUAUAGAUAAUUUUAUAUUCCUUUUUAAAUGUGUAAAAAGUCGGGACAACGUAGUUUUUUAUAAAGAUUUGUCAAUGGGAAUAUACUCGAGACCUGCGAACACGGUUAAUUGAUGCAGAUCCAGGAAAUCGCAAACUCCUGGAGCGGACUGCGGCGGACUCGAUAAGAGAUUUAAUGAUGACGCGCUAUCAGUAGGACGGGAAUAUCGCGGUUUUAUUCCGAGAUCGCAGUACGAUUCUCUGGGAAUGGGAUCGAGAAACUUAUGCCGAAUAAAUGUAGCUAAUCAAAGGCGGUCACGAUUAAUUUCCUUGUACAUUAAAACGAUUCUUCCUUCUUUCUUUCCCGGUGCAACGUGGUAUUCCAUCGAGUCAGCUGAUUGCACCGCCGCAGUUCCCUUCAGCCGUUUACGGAGGCGAGAUUAAUUCAAGGUAUUCCUAAAACGGUUAACAUGGGAACAUUGCACAAAAUGCAUAUCCUCGGUUCAUUUUACAUAGCUGGAUGAAUGACAUCUGUAUCCGUAAAUUAAUCGUUAAGGUUAGACGUUAAUGAUGCGCGCUCGAAGUAUCAGAAGACCUCGUGAUCGUUUUAAUCAAAAUGCGAGAGAAAGUCGGGAAGAAGUGUGACAAACCGAUUAAUUUUCGUUACGCGGUGCUCCACGGCCCUCUGCUGUUAAACGAUUACCGUAAUUUUAUCCCUUAAUUAAAAGGACUAAAUGAAUGAGGAGUUAAAUAAAUACGUUUAUUCGAGAAAAAAAAAAGAAAAAAAAAGCGACGAAAAAGUGUUCAUUCUACUACGUACUUCACUUCGAGGGUAGCGGUAGAUUAAUCCCUCCGGGGUCUGAUUGCGGACAUUUAAGAAUGCCAUUGCGUAACGAUCAUUGAUACGAUUUGCAAGCCAAAGUGCGGAAAGGCCAGCAUCAAUUUAGCCGGACAUGACGUCAUUUGAGAUGAGAGGGCACGUCGAAAACCCCCCUCGGAGUUUGCGAAUUACUGUUAGGACGUCUAGCGAGUCGUUGGGAAAUCGCUGGGACAAAAGCUGCAGAAGGAUUAAUUAAUGGAGUUUUUUUUCCCUCUGCGUCGUUUGUAAAAAGGAGAUAAGGUGUUUCGGGAUUUGAAGAUAGAAAGAAAAUGAACGAAGGGCGUCAAGUGAGGCAACACAGUUGAUGCCUAUCAACUGCAUCGCAGGUCGAGAAAAUCGCAAGUGCCCGUAGCACUCCUCUUCGCUAAAUAUAACAAAUUGCGCUUACUAGUAGAGUAUGUAAGAUAGAGUUUAAGCGAGAUUAAACGAUGCAAUGCCUUUCAUA